AUGGACGACCCGUGUAUGGCAUGGCCGUUUUGGAAGUUUGGGAUGAAGAGAGACGAUCUCUCCACCAAACUACACGACCAAUACAACACUAUACCCUCUAGCAUUCAGGACCCUGACGCCUUUCACCACGAUGUUUUCGAGGUCUCCCGUCUCGCCGAUACCGCCGACGAGUUCCACCGCCUCAUGGCAGACCGCAAGGAGCAACGCUUGAAGGAACUCAACGCGUCGCUUGAUCUCGCUGCAGUCGAGAUCAUUGCCAACCCCAAACUCGUUGGCACCGCCCAGUGGUCUUACGCCCUGCAGCUCUUCCGGACGCGUUCCCUCGACUCCCUUGUCCGGCUCUUCUCUAGCUACCUCCCCGACGACUACUGCAGUCGCCAGGGCUACUAUACGGCCUCGUCCAAUGGAUCUUCUUACAGUGACCGCUGCAGCGUCCGCACCGCGAGUACGAACCUCAGCAGCCUCGACGAUGUCGACGGUCCUACUUUCUUUCACGAUGACGAUGACGAGAAGCCUAUUAUGACGCAUGAACCUCUACACAUUUCCACCUCCUUGUCUUCCGCCGUCGUCACUGAUCUCCCCCCUUCUCCUCGCUCCAUGACCACCCACUCCGAAACAUCGGUGUCCUCCCCCAUCGAUACCGACAACGACGACUACGUCCUCCGCAACCUCACCCCCGCACGCACUCUCUCCUUCUCGGGAUCCGAGUCCGGCAGGUUUGCUGGGCGAGUCCUUCAGUCUCUCGACGACGAAGAGGAAUACACCUCGCAGUCCGAAGACCCCGACUCGCUAACGACCUCGCUCUCCGACCUCGAGAACCGCUCGACGCGUGAAUCCAGCGUCGAGGAGGAGCAACAUCCCGAUUACACUCAGUACCCAGAGAGUGCGAUCGAGGACGAGUACGACUACGAGGACGAGUUUCCCACCACCCAGCUACCCUUCGACCUCUUCGACGACGACAUUAUGGAGUCCUCGGAAACCCCCACACCGAAACCAGGGAUCACUAUCAGUACAGCGGCGGCGUCUUCUUACCUCGACAGCAAACCUUAUUCUUCACUUCGCUCGAUACCCGCAACUUCCUUUCGCAGUUCCUCACCAAAGAUACCCCACCUCCGCCGUCGUGAUGCCAGCCCGGCAAAGACCAGCACCAGCAGCAGUAGUAGUAUGAUGAGUAGCCGAAGGAGUCCUGAAGAGGCUUUGAGCCGCAUACAAAAACCGCAGCCCGACGCGAUGCGCGGGGCGCGGGCCUUGGCGGCCAAGGGGCGUAGGAGAGGACUGGACUAG